AUGAUCAAAGGAGGAGGAGGAAAAUCUUCCGGUUACUCUGCAGAUUUGAUGGUUUGCUUCCCUUCAAGAACACAUUUGUCUUUGCCUCCUAAAUCCAUUUGCAGCCCUUCUUCUCACUCCUUUAACCGCCGUCGAAAUGCUCCUCACCACCGCCGCAGCCUCAGUAAGCUCUCCGGAAGAGGCGGCGUCCGUCAGAAUUGCGGAAGGGAGAUAGCAGAAGAACCGACGUCGCCGAAAGUCACGUGUGCCGGUCAGAUCAAAGUGCGGCCGAGCAAACGCGGAGGAGACGGUGGUGGAAGCAAGAAUUGGCAGUCAUUGAUGGCGGAGAUCGAGAAGAUACAUAGAAGCAAGUCGGAGAGUAAGUUCUUGGGGAUUAAGAAGGAUGUCAUGGGAUUCUUGACUUGUCUACGGAAUCUCCAGUUUGAUUUUCGGUGUUUCGGUGCGUUUCCUCCGGUAGAUGCGAUCUCCGACGACGAAGAAGAAGAAGAAGACGACGACGAGGAGGAAGAAGAAGAUGACGAUGAAGAUGAAGGUUCAGGGACAGUCUUCUCGAAAUGGUUCAUGGUUCUACACGAAAAGCAAGACAAUGAAGAAGAGUGUGUCGACGAGAAGAGAAAAGCGUUUACGGACGGCGAAACUGCGGUUCCGCCGCCAAACGCGUUGUUGCUGAUGCGGUGCAGAUCCGCGCCGGUUAAGAAUUGGUUAGAGGUAGAAGAAGAGAAUAAGACAGAAACAGAGGAAGGAAACAGAAAAUGUGAAAACACUGAAAAACAGAGCGGAGGAGAAGAGAAGGAGACGGUGAGAAAGAAGAAUGAUUUGAGAUCGUUGAUGGAGGAAGAGAAGAAGAUGAAUCUGGUGGUGAUGAGUUACGACACAAACUAUUACAAACUCUCUGCAGACAUCGCCAAGGAAACUUGGGUUGUAGGUGGAAUCCAAGAUCCUCUGUUUCGAAGCCGAAGCUGGAAGAAAUGA